AUGAAAGAAUUAAUUGACGCAGUUGCUGAUUGUAUGGCAUUUGGUGCAUUAGAACAUUGUCCUGAAUGUGGAGAAUUUCUUAUCUUUGAUCGUUCAUCUUAUCGUUGUACAGAUGAUGUUACGGAAUGGACGAAAUGUACUUAUUCAACAAGAAAACCAUUUAAUAUACCUGCUGAUAUUAAAAAUGUAUAUGAUGCUUUACCAAUAUAUGAUUCAACAUUACCACUGUCUGGUUUUUUAUCAAGUUCUGUUACAACAAUUCAAAAACAAAUUGAACAAUUAGGUGGAACAUAUUCAUCGGAAAUUGAUGAAAGUGUUGGAAUUAUUAUUAGUUCAAAAGGACUUCAAGAUACUUGUCAUGUUCUUAAAGAUAUAGAAACUGGUAAUAUAUAUACUCCUGUUCUUGGUCUUGCUGAAAUAACACGCGGUACUAAUUUAUUUUAUAAAAUGCAAUUACUCGAAUCUGAUAAUGGAAAAUUAUCGAAAAAUCAAUUAGAUAAAGCUUAUACAGUUUUAACAAAAUUACAAACUUUAAUUACGAGUGGAGUUACAACAUCAAAAACAGCUAUUAUUGAUGCAAGUAAUCGAUUUUAUACUUUAAUUCCACAUAAUUGUGAUCUCGGUUCACUACCAUUACUUGAUAAUAUUGAAUUAAUAACAUUUGAAACUAAAAUGAUUGAUAAUUUACGUGAAAUAGAAAUAGCUUACUCAAUGUUAGAUGAAUCAAAUAAUACAAUAGAUAGCAUUGAUCAUGAUUCAGAAGAAUUUAAACUUAUUGAACAAUACAUGAUAAAUACUCAUGAUGCAUAUACAUUAAAAUUAUGUGAAUUAUUUAAAACAAAACGUGAAGAAGAAUUUGAUCUUUUUAAGAAAUUUCAAACAAUUGAUAAUCAUCAAUUAUUAUGGCGUGGUUCACGAACAACUGAUUUUGCUUGUAUUCUUAGCCAACGUUUACGUAUUUCACCACCUGAAGCACCUGUUACUGGUUUUAUGCUUGGUAAAGGUGUUUACUUUGCUGACAUGUGUUCAAAAAGUGAAUAUCAUUAUACAAAUGAUGGUGUACUUAUUCCAAUGGGUCAUGGAAUUCCAUCAGGUGUUCGAUAA